CCUGACGCUACUGGGAGGAUCACAAUAAGUUUACAUACUUCCGCGGCAUUCCUUUGUCAGGAAUCACAGCGAUUGUUGGAUGCUGUUUUCAAAAUCAUUCGUAACGAAGGAUUGCCCUCAUUAUGGAGCGGACUUUCUCCCACACUCAUCAUGGCGUUACCCCAGACAGUUAUCUACUUCACUAUUAAUGAUUGGCUCAAAGAACCAAUGAAUGACCAUAAUCGAACUUGGUAUUUGCCAAAUGAUUGGACACCCGCGAUUAUUGGUGGAGCUUCACGAGUUUUUGCCGUAGUAGCCAUUUCCCCUUUGGAACUACUCAGAACCAAAAUGCAGUCCUUUCGAAUGAGCCCUGGACAUCUCAAAAUUAGUAGUGUGGAAACCCGUUGGAUACAUUCCCUCACCGUUGGAUUAGAUAUUAGAUCUCAUUCACCUGUGAAGAAUAACUAUAUUUUCAUUUACUUUUCACUGUCUUGCGAAGGUUUUAUUUACUGUUUUGGCUACCCUUUUAACCGCCUAAAAAGGAGUAAAUCUGAGAGUUCUAAGCGAAGUGCACCAUUACCAUUAAAAUACAAGAAAAGCAAGUCAACUACAUCUAUCUAUAACAUAGGUAGUUGCACGACCGUCUCUGUUUCCGACACAAAUCAUCGUGUCUCUAGCAUUGCUUGGGUUUUGUUUGAGGAUGCACUUCUGGCCUUCAAAAAAGUGUGUUCUACGACGCGGUACGGUUGUUCGUCAAUGAUACACAUAGAUUCAAACAGUGUUCCUAGCCGUUGGAUCAAGAAUAUGGUCUCUUUCACAGUUUGCCGAAACUGUUUCGUUUGCGUGGGUGAAGCUGCCAUUCGCCAUGCUUCGAUAAAUCCGCUUCCCACACUUGAUUUAACCUGCCUGCUAAUCAGUUAA